UCUUGGGGAUCCCCUCCCCAGGGAACCUCCAGACCCCACCCUUGGGGCUCCUGCUACCCCACCUUGCGGACUGCUCUCCCCCCAGGGGACCCCCAUCUCCCACUUAGUCCCCCACCUUGGGCCCCCCCACACCCAUUGGGGUUCCCCUGGAGUGGAGAGACCUUCCUGAGUCCUGCCACCCCCCACCUUGGGGACCCCCAGAUUCUCCUUCCAUUUUCUAGGGUUUCCCCUGACCCCAAGAUGGAGAACGAGGAGGGGGCGGCCGUGCCCCCCAGCCCGGCCCAGCGCUCCCAGCGCAGCAGCGUCUCCUCCACCGGCGCCCGAGUGCUGGACGUGGUGGUGUAUCUGGUGGACGACACGCCGGUGCCGCUGGCGGUGGAGAGCCUGCCCUCGGUCAGCGCCCACGAGCUGCACCGCGGCCUGCGCGACGCCCUGCAGCUGCCUGACGUCGCUGCUGACGCCUUUGCCCUCUGGCUCAUCUCCCCGCUGCUGGAGGUGCAGCUGAAGCCGCGGCACCAGCCCUACAAGCUUUGCCGGCAGUGGCCGGAGCUGCUCUUCCGCUUCACGGACUGCUCUGAGGAGGAGAUCGUGCAAGACGAGCCAGCCCUGCAGUUCCGCCGUAACGUGUUCUUCCCCAAGCACCGGGAGCUGCAGGUGGAGAGCCCAGAGGUGCUGCGGCUGCUGUAUGAGGAGGCCAAGCUGAACGUGCUGGAGGGGCGCUACCCCUGCGACCCCGAGGACGGCGAGCAGCUCGGUGCCCUGGCCUGCCGCCUCACCUUGGGGCCCUACAACCCCGACCGCCACACGCCCGGUGCCCUCAAAACGAGCCUGGGAGAGUUCCUGCCACCCCCCCGGGGCCACCGGGGCGGGGGGCUGCUGGGAGUGCUACGUAAGCGGGGCAGCACCCGGGCCCCAGCCCCCGAGCUGGGCCUGCUCAAGGCCUUCCGGGCCCUGCAGGACGAGGCCGCCAGCCCCGAGCCUGAGGCACAGAGCCGGCUCCACCGCGCCUACCUGCAGCACUGCCACCGCCUGCCCUACUACGGCUGUGCCUUCUUCCCCGGGGAGAUCGACCGACCAGCCCAGGGCUUCCUGCACCGCGGGGGGCGCAAGCCCGUGUCCGUCGCCAUCAGCCUGGAGGGUGUCUACAUCAUAGACAGCAAGGAGAAGCACGUGCUGCUGGGGCUGCGCUUCCAGGAGCUGUCGUGGGACCACACGUUCCCCGAGGAGGCGGCGGGCAGCGACGGUGACCACGUGCUGUGGCUCGAGUUCGAUGGCCAGGGCGAGGACGGCUCCCCUGUCAACAAGCUACUUAAGAUCUACUCUAAGCAGGCAGAGCUGAUGAGUGGCCUGAUCGAGUACUGCAUUGAGCUGAGUGCGGGGGUGGAGGUGGCACCCCCGGAGCCUCCCCCUGGAGCAGUCCCCAGCGACCGCCCGCGCCCCCGCCUGCAGCGCCAGGACAGCGUGGUGUGCAGCCGGCUCCAGCAGCUGGCCACCAUCGACUACGUGGAGGAUGGCCAGGAGAUCCGACGGGUGAAGCCGCGGCGGACAACAUCCUUCUUCACGCGGCAGCUUUCACAUGGCCUCACCACCUAUGCGCCUGUGCGGCCUGCGGAGGCUUGAGCCUGGAGCCAUGGAGCCGCCCUAGGACCCCUGGUUUGCUGCCCCCCAGCACCCAUGCCUCUAAGUUAUUCUGCAUUAAUUUAUAACCCCAUCUGCUACCUCUGGCCUUUCUCAGACCCUCUUCUUUAGCUGGGGCUAGACCCCGCAUCUCUCCUGGACCAUGGCACAGAGGGGGCAUCCAGCACUGCCUCCUGCCCUACCUCUCAGAGAGACCCCAGGCAUCCGGGAUCCCAGCCCCUCUGCUUCCACUCCCCAGCUCCCACUCCCAUCGUACAGCUAGAAAGAACCCAGGUAUCCGGGCUCUGAGCCCCCGUGAUCUCAACCCCUAGCUCCCAGCCCCCCUACUUCCACUCCCCAGCCCACACUCCCUUCCCACAGCUGGACAAAAUCCAGGUAUUCAGGCUCCCAGCCCCCGAUCUCUCACCCCCACCCCCCAGACGCCAGUCCCAUCCCAGAGUUGGAGAGACCCCAGGUGUCCAGGCUUCCAGCCCGUCCUGCUCUCACCUCACUCACUGAUCCUUUUGGUCCUGAGUGAUCAUGAACACUUCCCUGCACUGCCCCCCCCUUUUGGUCCUGAGUGAUCAUGAACACUUCCCUGCACUGGCCCCCCCCUCCCCCGCUGCUGGCAGUGUUUUGCCAAAUCUGGGCAUUGUCCGGUGGGUGUCUCGACUCCUAGUGCAGACCCCAGGGUCCCCAGGUGUCCUGGGUUGCAGACCCUGGACCUCCUCAUGCCAGGGCCAAGUCCAGAGUCCCUGUGUUCUGCCCCUUCGUGGGAAGCUCUGUGCCACUUCCCCUCACUGGGGAGAGAGGUCAGGUUCCCCCUCUUGGGAGCACUGCCCUGCACCAGGCUCCAGCACCUCUUGGGGCCGGAGCGGCCAAAGCCAGUCAGAUGCCAAAGCCCAUGCAGCCAGGGCUGUGGGCAGCCUCUCGCAUGUAACGCCUUCCCACACCCCGUCACAUCCCCAGAUGCCUCCCUGCGGGUAGCUGGGGGCACAAUUCUUCAAGGGAGAAUUCAGUCUUCAGAGAACCUCAUUUCUCCUCGCCAAAGGAAGAGGCCGAGGAGCAGUUGUGCUGUGCCAGCUGGACUCUGCACGCCAUGCACACACGUGCUGGGCUGCAAACAGACUUCCGGGCGUGACCGGGGGCUGGGUUUUGUGGUGGGCUUUUUUUCCCCCCCACGCUUUUUAUAAUUGUCCUGAACUAGAAACACUGGCAAUGCUGCUCCAGCUCACUACUGGGCAUCACAUCCCUGGCCUCAUACUAAUAGCCGGGGUCACCAGCCCCAGAGCUGCACAGAUACUAACGCCCCCCCUUCCUUUUUGUACGGUGUGGACGGCACACCAAUAAAGCCCGUGUCUCUGA